GUAAAUAUUCUCGUUGCAUGUUUACUCUUGCUGCUUUCUGGCCUCUUCAGCGGCCUCACCCUCGGCCUAAUGAGCCUGGACAUGGUUUCGUUAGAAAUCUUAGCUGAAGGUGGUGACGAACAAGAGCGUGAAUAUGCAAAGAAGAUAAUUCCUAUACGCUCGAAGGGGAACUUGCUUUUGUGCACAUUGCUACUUGGAAAUACGAUGGUAAAUGCUCUGAUAGCAAUCCUAAUGGCCAAUUUGACGGACGGGCUAGUAGGCCUUGCCCUGUCGACUUUGUCGAUUGUAGUGGUUGGAGAGAUUAUCCCUCAGGCCGCGUGCUCGAGACAUGGACUUUUUAUCGGCGCUAACACUGUUUGGAUUGUAAAGAUUUUUAUUGUACUCAUGUACGUUGUAGCUUGGCCCAUCAGCAUGAUUCUCGAUCGAGUUCUUGGCCGCGACAUUGGGCAAGUUUACUCUGCCGCUGAGCUCAACAAGCUUAUUCGGAUUCAUGUCGAGAACCCGGAUGCCCAAGAAGAGUCCGGCUUAAAUAGAGAGGAUGGUAACCUAUUAACUGGUGCGCUUGAGUACAAAGACAAAAAGGUCGCCGAUGUGAUGACAACUCUUGAUAAGGUUUUUAUGGUAGAGUCGCAUACUAGGCUUACCUUUCAAGUUCUCAUCGAUAUUUAUAAGAGUGGUUUUACCCGAAUUCCAGUGUACGAGAAUGACAGGCAGAACAUUGUGGGUAUUUUAUUUACAAAAGACCUCAUCCUUAUUGACCCUGAUGAUGAAGUUGAGAUCGCUGCAGUUAUUAGCUUCCACGGCAACCGUGAAGGAGGAUUCGUAAGAGGCGUUCCCGAUAAUACAUCUCUCGACAAAGUUUUCCGCGAAUUUAAAAGUAGCUUCUUACACCUACUUGUCGCGUAUGGCGAGAUUGGUAAUGAUAGUGAUAUUAAGCUGGAUGUCACUGGAGUCAUUUCGCUUGAGGAUGUGCUCGAGGCAGUUAUAAAAGACGAAAUAGUGGACGAAACUGACAACUUUGUGGAUGUAAAUAAAACAGAGACGGUAGUUAGAGGCCGUGGCAAUAACCAGCGGCCUGACCCCACAAAUUUCUUGACUUUGAACGAACUUGUUGCAUCAGGUUCACAAGCCAUGACUCGAUCUGCACGCUCUUUGCCCACCUCUGCUGGUGGUAUUUCUGCCGGUCUCGAAGGAUUCUCUGUUUGUUUGGAGGAUGGAUGCAAUACUGAUGAAAUUCCAGAGCUCCCCCCUCUGUAUAGAAAGGGUUCAUCCUGCGACUAUUUCACGCUUAUACUUCAGGGAAAAGUUUUGGUGCAUGCGGGGUCUGAUGACUUUGUGUCUGAGCUCGGGCCCUGGUGCUACAUUGGUCAGAAAGCACUGGUCUCCGAUGUUUUCAUUCCUGACUUUAGAGCAACUCCUCAGGGUUCCUGCCGGCUGCUGUACAUUCGGCGCGGUGACUAUAAAUCUGCGCUGAGGGCUGCCCAGGUAGAAGCUAUGAGUGGUUCGCGCUCUUUGCUAGGCUCUAGGCAUACGCUGGUCGCGGACAGCGAACCGGAUACUCGAUAAGUACCUACAUCUGAUGAGAAGUUCUUAUUUUCUGGAUUAACACGAUAAAUCAGACCUAUCACGACCUUUGAAGGUACCUUCGUACGAAGGUUCAUAACAAAUACACGGCUACCUUCGAGGAAGUGUUUUAAAGUAUCACUGCAGUACAACGGUACCUAGCUAGCUGGCACACACAUCUUUUUUCUCCUGCAGUGAAAGAAACACCUUGGAAGAUUUGGAAUAGUCUGACAGUGUCUCGCCUACUUUCCGUAGUGUACCUCUAAUAUUAUUCGUAUACAUAGAACUUUUUGACGUAUCUGUUUUGCGGACAAAUCGGGCAGCGGUGUGCUCCUCUUCUUGCAUGCGAGCCCUAUGUUUACGCUUCAAUUUAUUUCGAGUUGCACUUUUUUCGCCUGUUUCUAACUCAUCUCGAGUUUUUAUAUGACCAUGCAUGUUAGCUUUUAUACGGUCCUCCUUUUGCCGUCGGGAAUUAUAUUUUGCACCUCGUCCAUCUGCGUUUUGGUGAACUACAGGAGUAAAACCUCCAAGUUGAAGAAAAGCAUUUAUCUGCCCUGCAGUUCCUGAAGAAUCAAGCAAUUGCUUACCAGAAAAGUGGUAAUGACCUAACUUAUCAAGUUGCUCCCCAACAACUUUAUAAAGGUAACGGGCCUCCACCGCACGCCCCGAUCCAGCCAGCAGAGAAAACUCUUUGCAUUGUGCAGCCGACGUUUGUGUGGUAAAUUUAUUGGCAUAAACUUCUCCGAGGCCCUUCCUAGAUUUUGUGUCAUCAAGAUCUUGCGCAGAGUUGUACAUUGAGCUCCCUUCCUCGAGCUUCUCCAUUGUAUUCAAAUCAUCAAAAAUCUGGUUC